UUCUUCGCGGCCAACAGCAAACUCGGCUAUAAAUAGCGCACGCCUCCGGUGCGGGGAUAGGGUUCCGCAAUAGGGAGGAAGCGGUGGUUCUCGGCGCCGAGGAAGGAGGUCGCGCGGUGCUGUGUCGGCGAACUCACCGGAGAAGGAGAGGAUAUCGCACAUGAACCAUUCGCCGGUGCAGCUGCUGCUUCCGCGGCAGAGGAAGAAGGGUCACCGCCGCCACUCCUCUCUGUUUCUGCCCCAGGAAGGGGCGGCCACCUCGGCGCUGGUCGGCAGAUCUGUGAGCUUUAGAGAGACCCUUGCGCCCCUGAUGGAGGGUCCCGACGACGGUGGUGCAGUAGACGCCGAUGGAGAUCGGAGGAGGGAAGGAUGGACCCACUGGGUACGGAUCCUGCUUUCGCGUGUUCCUUCGAUCAACUCCGAAUCGGUUGCUGCCGGCGGUGCGUCCUUCUCCUUGAUCCGAAGCACCGACCUCCGUCUCCUUCUCGGAGUCAUGGGUGCGCCGCUCGCUCCCGUCCACGUCAGCGCCGAUGAUGGUUCGCCUCAUCUCAGCAUCAAGGACACUCCCGUUGAAGUGUCAUCAGCCCAGUACAUUAUGCAGCAGUACAUGGCGGCAUCGGGCGGUCUGAAACUCCAGAGAUCCAUCCGCAACGCCUACGCCAGGGGGAAGGUGCGAAUGGCGUCGUCAGAGUUCGCGACUGCUACCAAAGUCAUCAAAAACAGAAGCAGAUCCUCACGCAAGGUUGAGUCGGGCGGCUUCGUUCUCUGGCAGAUGGCCCCAGAUAAGUGGUACGUCGAGCUGGCGAUCGGGGGUAGCAAGCUCCACGCCGGCUCCAAUGGAGAGGUUGUGUGGCGCCACACUUCCUGGCUCGGCGCCCAUUCCGCAAGAGGCCCCGUCAGACCUCUUCGACGCGCACUACAGGGCCUCGAUCCAUUGACGACGGCCAGGAUGUUUGCCAAUGCGCGUUGCAUCGGGGAGAAAAAGGUCCAUGGGGAGGAUUGCUUUGUUCUCAAGCUCUGUGCUGACCCUCAGAUCCUGCAAGCCCGAAGUGAAGGCCUCGCGGAGAUCAUUAGGCACGUCCUCUUCGGAUACUUCAGUCAGCGAACUGGGCUCCUCGUUCUAAUUGAAGAUUCCCACCUCACUAGGAUCCAAGCUAACGCUGGAGGUGAUGCAGUGUACUGGGAGACCACCAUUAGUUCCUUCCUCCUGGACUACUCCCUGGUAGAAGGUGUAAUGAUUGCCCAUUCAGGUCGAUCCAAUGUCACCCUCUACAAAUUUGGCGAGUCGGCAAUGAGCCACACCAAAACUAGGAUGGAGGAGAAUUGGAUGAUCGAGGAAGUGGCCUUCAAUGUGCCUGGCCUCUCGGUGGACUGCUUCAUUCCCCCUGCUGAUAUAAGUUGUGAUUCAAUCACUGAAUCUUGCCAACUUCCUCAAGAAGAACGCAACAAGGGUGUCGCGGGUCACCGGGCAAGAAGCCAGAGGAUGCGUGCGGUAAGGUAAUUUGGAGGUUGUAGUCUAGCGUUAGAAUCAUGAACAAUCAACAGCUCAAUUGUUCAUACUUCUGUUUAUUCAAUUAUGAAACCAUAAUGGUUUUGAUGACCUAUUUCUGUUAUUCCCUUUGGAUAAGAGCAUAUCUUGAUAAUUUCAAGCAGGUAAAUAUUUUAGGGAACUGGAUAUUGAAUUUGGGUGGGAAGCCUUCUUUUGUCCUCAGUGUUUAAUACAUUGCAAUUGCCUUGCUCUUGAUCUAAUUUCUGACUUGUAACUUGACUUGCUAUAUUAUCAUUAAAUCAUGGUUUCCUCA